AUGUUCCCAACUCUUACUGGUUCACUUACUGAAUACACUAGUACUUGGACUACUACCGAUUCUAAUGGAGACGUUGAGACUGAUUCUGGUGUUAUCAUUGUGACGACUGAUUCUGAUGGUGACUUAUACACAACCACUUCAAUGUUCCCAACUCUUACCGAAUACACUAGUACUUGGACUACUACCGAUUCUAAUGGAGACGUUGAGACUGAUUCUGGUGUUAUCAUCGUGACGACUGAUUCUGAUGGUGACUUAUACACAACCACUUCAAUGUUCCCAACUCUUACUGGUUCACUUACUGAAUACACUAGUACUUGGACUACUACCGAUUCUAAUGGAGACGUUGAGACUGAUUCUGGUGUUAUCAUUGUGACGACUGAUUCUGAUGGUGACUUAUACACAACCACUUCAAUGUUCCCAACUCUUACCGAAUACACUAGUACUUGGACUACUACCGAUUCUAAUGGAGACGUUGAGACUGAUUCUGGUGUUAUCAUCGUGACGACUGAUUCUGAUGGUGACUUAUACACAACCACUUCAAUGUUCCCAACUCUUACCGAAUACACUAGUACUUGGACUACUACCGAUUCUAAUGGAGACGUUGAGACUGAUUCUGGUGUUAUCAUCGUGACGACUGAUUCUGAUGGUGACUUAUACACAACCACUUCAAUGUUCCCAACUCUUACUGAAUACACUAGUACUUGGACUACUACCGAUUCUAAUGGAGACGCUGAGACUGAUUCUGGUGUUAUCAUCGUGACGACUGAUUCUGAUGGUGACUUAUACACAACCACUUCAAUGUUCCCAACUCUUACUGAAUACACUAGUACUUGGACUACUACCGAUUCUAAUGGAGACGCUGAGACUGAUUCUGGUGUUAUCAUCGUGACGACUGGUUCUGAUGGAAGCUCAUAUAGAUCUACGUUGUCGUUCUCAAGUAAGACAUUUUCGUCUGUUGCUACGCCGUCGCCUACUAUAAUAUUCACUGGUAUAGAUGAUAUCGAGUUUGGAUCUGCUGGUACGAUAAAUGCUGCGAUUCCUUUAGCCCCAUUAUGGACUGUUAAUGUGGCUUGGGAAAUGACUGAAAAUCAUAUUGUUGGUACAAAGUUUUCACUAUUUUUGCCAGUUGUACUUGGUGUUUACAACAUUAAUUAUGGUAUUUCGAAACGUGAUAUUAUUGAUUCUAUUUAUCUUCAAGCUGAUGAUGUUAAUUUUGCUGAAUGUGUGACAGUGCCGGGCUCAUUGGAAGCAAUCAACUCUUUAUUGCAAUGUAUUAUUUUACAAGUUCCAACUUCAUAUAUCACUAAUACUAUUGAACUUCCAAUUGUUUUCAAUGUUGGGGGUUCAUCAAGCGAUGUUGAUCUUUAUGCAGCUAAUAUGUUAAAUACAGGAACGAAAACUAUUUCAUUUACAACUGAUGAUAAUAGAAUACUUCUGCAUGAUGUUAUUUUUGAUGCAGGAUCCCCAUCUCCAGAUGAGGCGGAUGAAAUUGUAUUUUCAGUUAGAGCUUUGGAAUGGGAUGACACUAAUGCUUAUUAUCUCCUAGGUGGAAAUUGUUCUACCUUAUAUGGCUUUGGUACGCUUUCAUUGACCAUCGAGGAAGGUAAACUUAACUGUGAUACAUGGGAAGCUAAAAUUACUAACGAACUUAAUGAGUGGUAUCUUCCCAGAUCUGCUCAAAGCUUUGGAUCUAUCAGAUUGGAAAGCUGCAAUGACAAUGAAAUUAUUAUUAACUAUGCCAAUGUUCCAGCCGGAUACAGAGUAUUCUUAGAUGUUAUUGGUCAGCCUGAUGGAUUUAAUACGAAUGUUACUUACAAUGAUGUUCAUACUUGUGGUUUAGCUAUAUCUGGUAACAGCUCCAGUACUUUUGUUAGUACUAAUUCAGUAGGUGAAACGAUUACAGGUACUGCUGUUGUGGUUGUCACCUCUGAUAUUACUGUUAUUGUAACUGAACUGUGUAGUGAAUAUGGUACUGCAGUUGUUACUACACUUCCAAAUGUGAGUGUUACUACUGAAUCUGCUGAAGUUAUUAUUUCUACUAAUGCUGAAGGAAGUAUUUACACUAGUACAUUAAUAAAAGAUAGUCCAACUGUAUACUCCAUUAACCUCAUUACGACUGAUACUGUUGGAUUUCCUUGUACUGAAACUGCAGCUGUGAUUAUUUCAAAUUCUGAAGGUACAUUUCAUACUGUUACUUCCAUCAUUGGAAGUGUUGCAUCUACUAAUUCUACAGGACCGUUUGAUAUUUCCGCCGAAUCAAUUACUGAACCGGUUGUAGUCCCAGUUGGAACAAAUGCUGUAGCUUCCGCUUCGCAGGUUCUAGCAAUUGAGACAGUUACCACACAAUCUGAUUCAGAUAGUUCUGGUAUUUUAAAUAUUCCUUCAGCAUAUGAAAAUUCAUCCUCAAAAAUAUGGGCUAACUUCCUUUUGAUCAUGGCAUCCGUUAUAACUAUUCUGAUGAGUUUGGUUUUCAUGUAA